AGCAGUCGCCUUGGUGGGCUUUGUCCCUGUCGGUUGGCUGGAGGACGUACACGAACAGAGCGAAGCGGCCCAGUCGAUGGUGGACGUUCGCUUCCCAGGGCCACUUGCCCUCCUACGGAGGCCGCCUGGUGUCUCUCUUAAGAGUUGCGGACAAGCUGGUUUGAGCCCUGGGGGUGAAGGUCGCUGUUCGGGUCUAGACUGAGGGGGCCGUGGAGCGACGCGAGGGUUCCGAUUUGAUGACUGGAAUACUCGGAUCCCCUUGGCAUCAUGGCUGCCCUCAGACCUCUGGUGAAGCCCAAGAUCGUUAAAAAGAGGACCAAGAAGUUCAUCCGGCACCAGUCAGACCGCUAUGUCAAAAUUAAGCGCAACUGGCGGAAACCCAGAGGCAUUGACAAUAGGGUGCGCAGAAGAUUCAAGGGCCAGAUCUUGAUGCCCAACAUUGGUUAUGGGAGCAACAAGAAAACAAAGCACAUGUUGCCAAGUGGCUUCCGGAAGUUCCUAGUCCACAACGUCAAGGAGCUUGAAGUGCUGCUGAUGUGCAACAAAUCUUACUGUGCAGAGAUUGCUCACAAUGUCUCCUCCAAGAACCGCAAAGCUAUUGUGGAAAGAGCAGCCCAGCUGGCAAUCAGAGUCACCAAUCCCAACGCCAGGCUGCGCAGCGAAGAAAAUGAAUAGACGACUUGUUGUGCACGUCAUAUUUGUGUUAAUAAAACCAUAAAACUAC